AUGUGUAUUCUCGAACAUUUCUGGCUUGAUAGUGGCUAUGAUUGUAUAUGGACUGGAGCGACGAGUCGGCUUUCAAAAUUAUUGUGUAAUAUUUACUUGUCAAAAGAAUAUGAUCAAGAUAAAGGUGAAAUGAAUUUAACAAAAAUUCAAAAUGAAAAUAUUUUCGUUGCUGACGACGAAGAAAGUUUGGGUGAUUUUAUUGGAUUGAAAUAA